AUGGCGUCUCGCAAGCGGCCAGCGGAAUCAAUUGAUUCCAGACGCGUCGAUUUCUCUCGGUUUUCUUCGUCUCAAGGACACACCGUCUCGCAAGCAUCCUUGCUACCGCGAGCUACGAAGCAGGCCCGUGAAGUUCCGGAUGCGUCACAGGGCUAUAAUGAGGCCGAGUUCACGUAUGGGCUUUAUGGUGUUCUAGCUACCAAGAUUGUUGGUGUUAGGUAUUACACGGGUGUUGCGACUUUGGGCGAAAUGGUCAUUUUGAGGCGGGAGCCACAGAAUCCAUAUGAUGGGAACGCGAUACAGGUUGUCAAUGUGCAGAAUGCGCAGAUCGGACAUAUACCGCGGAUCAUGGCGCAGAAGCUUGCGACGUACAUAGAUAAUAGGAGUCUCUUGAUUGAAGGCUAUAUCACGGGCUAUAAAGGUGAGUUCGAUUGCCCGAUUGAGCUGAGGAUAUAUGGAACGGAUGAGCCUGUUGAACGAGAGAAUUUGAUUGCACAGCUUAGGGCAGAUAAGCUGCCCGUGGGACAUGCAAUGGAUAGAAAGAGAAAGGCUGAGAAGGCUGAGAAGGAGAGGCAGAAGCUUGCUGCUCAAGCGAUGAAGGCAGCGAAGAAGAAUAGUGGAUCUGUUAUUGGAACGAGUCAAGGCAUUCAGUAUGAAAAUUCCAUGGGAGAGUUUGCUGGGGGUUCGUCUCAGGGUACGGGUCUUGCAACUUCACGGAACCUGGAGGAUAUUAUUGGUAAUUGCGAACGCUUCAAUCCUCGCAAUGUUGAACAAAUUGUGGAACAGUUUGGUAUAAAACAGGAAGAAUUGGCGGCAAUGCCAAAGGCAGCCCAACCAGAAGCCCUUGACACCGAGCUGCAUCCCUUCCAACUUCAAGGUCUUCAAUGGAUGCUUGAUAAAGAGUAUCCCCAACUCCCCCCCCAAGGUUCGAAGGCUGUUGUGCAGCUCUGGCAACGUCACCCAACUAUCUCGACAGCAUUCACGAAUCUAGCCACCAACUUCUCGAUCAAGAAUAGCCCUUCACUCGCUAGCGGAGGUAUUUUAGCAGAUGAUAUGGGCCUAGGCAAGACGAUUCAGGUGAUUUCUCUGAUCAUGGCCGACAGGGUGCUUGGUCGUCGCGUCAAUGGUGUCUGUGAUGGAACACUCAUUCUUGCCCCUGUUAGUGUCAUGAGUAACUGGAGCACCCAGAUAAAGAAGCACAUUAAAGAGAAGUAUGCUCUUCGGGUCAUGUUCUAUCACGGAACGCGAAAAGAGCCCAUUACGCCGAAGCAGAUUAGGAACUACGAUGUUGUUAUUAGUACAUAUGACAGUGUAUCGUCUGAAUGGCACUCUCAGAAGAGCACUACCCUUCCUAGGAAGUCGGGUGUUUUCUCUGUUACCUGGCGUCGCAUCAUCCUAGACGAAGGUCACAACAUUCGAAACCCGAAAGCGAAGAAAACAGUCGCGGUUACGAAUCUCAUGGCACAGUCCAGAUGGGCUUUGACGGGUACCCCUAUUAUCAACAACCUGAAAGACUUGUACUCUAUUGUACGCUUCUUGCGCCUGUCUGGUGGCCUUGGUACAUUCGAGAUUUUUCACGGUGCCAUCAUUCGUCCUGUCUUACAGGGCGACGCUAGAGGGAACAAAACAUUACAGCUCCUUAUGGGCGAGAUAUGCUUACGUCGCAAGAAAGAAAUGUCCUUCAUCGACCUCCGUCUUCCCGAGCUCUCUGAAUACGUCCACAAGAUCAACUUUCUUCCUCACGAACAGGAGAAAUACGACGCUCUCGAGGCUCAAGCAAAAGGCACUCUAGAUAUCUACCGCCACAACAUCACCGGUCGUAGCAACGCCUUCGACACCUACCGCCACCUUCUCGAAGUCCUACUACGCAUGCGGCAGCUGUGCAACCACUGGAAGCUCGUCGGCGAAGAACGUCUCGACGCCAUCAUGAAGCAAUUAGAAGCUGAAGGCGUGGUCGAUCUUACGGAAGAAAAUAAAGCCGCGUUGCAGAAGAUGUUGCAACUCUCUAUCGACUCGCAGGAAGAUUGUCCUGUAUGCUUGGACUCCUUACGCGAUCCUGUUAUUACGAUAUGUGCACAUAUCUUCUGUACGCCGUGUAUCGAACGCGUAGUAGACACCCAGCAUAAAUGCCCCAUGUGUCGCGCUGAACUAGAUUCCGUAACUUCGACGACCGUUAAACCAGCCAAGGAGACCGCGGCGCCUUCUCAUCUAACACAAUCGCAACUCUACGACAAACAGAUUCUUGAGAGGGAGAGUUCAAGUAAGAUUGAAUCCCUCCUCCAAAUCCUGCACUCAAGCGCCAAAGAUCCGACUAACAAAACAAUCAUCUUUUCUCAAUGGACUUCUUUCCUUGACCUCUUGCAACCCCAUCUCUCAGCCUCGGGUUUCAAGUUCACGCGUAUAGACGGCAGCAUGACAGCCCCGCAACGCGACCUCGCUCUCGAAGCCUUAGACUCGGACCCGAAUAUCACCAUCAUGCUCGCUUCCCUCUCUGUGUGUUCCGUUGGGCUUAAUCUCGUUGCGGCGAAUCAAGUCAUAAUGGCGGAUUCUUGGUGGGCGCCAGCGAUUGAGGAUCAGGCGGUUGAUCGAGUGCACAGGCUGGGGCAAAAGAGGGAGACGAAGGUUUUUAGACUUGUGGUAGAGGGGAGCGUGGAGGAGAGGGUGCUGGGGAUUCAGGAGGAUAAGAGGAGGCUGAUGGGUUUGGCGUUUGCGGAGAAGGAGGGCGGGAGGAGGAAGAGGGGUGGUGCCGGGUUGGCGGAUUUAGAGAGGUUGAUUGGGGGGAUUGGGGGCGGAGAGGGGAGGGGGUAG